AUGGAACUUCCUGUAGCUGAGGAGAGAGCGGGUGACGCUGAACCACUCAGACCUGAUGCUGAACCAUCUCAGGCUGAUCCAAGACCAGUAAGAAGAAGGGAAGCGUCAUCUAAGGCUCAGCCGUUCCACUCUGAUGAGUUUGAAGGAGCAUCGGCACUAGGUGGAGCUAGUCAAAGCAGUUCUGAAGUUCAAGCUCCUUCCAAUGUACUUGGAUCUCAAGGAGCAGGGAAGACUGUACCAGAUCACCCUCCUCUGCAUCCUCGUCCAAUGAAACCUCCUGUAGAUGAGGAGAGAGCGGGUGACGUUGAACCACUCAAACCUGAUGUUCAACCACUCAGACCUGAUGCUGAACAACUCAAACCUGAUGCUGAGCCACUCAGACCUGACUUUGAAUCAUCUCAGGCUGAUCCAAGACGAGUAAAUCAGGAACCUGCUGAAAGAUUCGCAGAAGAAGGGGAAGCGUCAUCUAAGGCUCAACCGUUCCACUCUGAUGAGUCUGAAGGAGCAUUGCACCAGGUGGAGCUAGUGAGUAAAAUUUCUGCAAUUCAAAUCAGUUCCGAAGUUUCAGCUGUACUUGGAUCUCAAGGAGCAGGAAAGCCUGUAUCAGCGAACUACUAUGGUCCUGUGGUUAAUCAAGAUUCUGCUCAACAAAAACGAACAGAUGCACCGGGUGCUAUAAAAGCUGCUGUAGGUUUGGGUGAAGACGAUGGGAGAAAUGAUAACUGGGCUACUUAA